UCCCCGACGUCCCGGAUUCGUCAGACGCCCGCCUGUCCCGUGUGGUGCUCGUUGCCAUGGUGAUCGCGGCCACUGGACCCUCCGGACUAGGCAGCGUCAGGAGCCUCUGCAGCCGCCGCAGGUGAGUCAGCCGCCCCUUCGGACACACCCUCUCCCGCCCGCGUGAUCCCCCGCCCACCUCCCACUGCAUAACCUGAAAGCGGCCUGGGCCCCGGGCCUCCUCGUUUCCUGACCGCACACCCCGGGCCCCCAGUGCUGGUCUGGGGAGAGAUGGUCCGAUGCGGAGGACCACAGGCCUCUCUCUCGGUCAAGGCCACCCAGUGCGGAGGGGGCGGGAGGGAGAAGGAGCCGGGGCUGUGGAAUAGGCUGAGGGGCCCGGUGCCGGCUGUGGUGGUUCUGGGAAAGGCCUGUGGGCUGAACCCUGAGGGCCCUGCAUACCCAGAGCCUUCAUCCCUUAAGGGGCAGGAGCGGGGGACCCCUCCCCACUCUACUUCCUCUUCCCGGGCUGUGUGCACAGCCUGGCGACUGUGCUCCUUCACUCAGCGCAGAGCUGAGCUCAGGGAGGCGCCACUCCUGGUGGACAUCGGUCAGGAGACUCAGGUCUCCUCGACUCCAAGGCCUGGUGGCAGGCCUGGUACCCGCCCCCGUGCCCCAACACACACUGCCUGCAGAUUGGAGAGAUGACCCCUGGCAUCCUGACAUUCCUGACAGAGAAGGAGGCUUGGACCUGUUUUCAAAGCUACUGCAACGUUAGGUAUCAACUUUGGGGGAGUCCCCAGGGAUUUGCACAGUUCCCUAACUCUCUUCCCCCUUUUGGGGCCACAGGACUCCCAGGAAGAAUGAGGUCCUCUGUGAUGCCUUUGGGGCCCACGGUGAGCCGGGACCGCGUCAUCACCAGCUUCCCUAAGUGGUACACGCCCGCUGCCUGCCUGCAGCUCCGGGAGCACUUUCACGGGCAGGUCAGCGCCGCCUGCCAACACAGGAAUACGGGGACCGUCGGGCUCAAACUCUCCAAGGUGGUUGUGGUCGGCGACCUCUACGUGGGCAAGACCAGCCUCAUCCACAGGUUCUGCAAGAAUGUUUUCGACUGCGACUACAAGGCCACCAUCGGGGUGGACUUUGAGAUGGAGCGCUUUGAGGUCGCCGGGAUCCCCUUCAGCCUCCAGAUCUGGGACACAGCAGGACAGGAGAAGUUCAAGUGCAUCGCGUCUGCCUACUACCGGGGUGCCCAGGUGAUCAUCACGGCCUUUGACCUCACUGACAUGCAGACCCUGGAGCACACCAGGCAAUGGCUGGAGGACGCGCUGAGGGAGAAUGAACCAGGCGCCUGCUUCCUGUUCCUUGUGGGGACCAAGAAGGACCUUCUGUCAGGGGCCGCGUGCGAGCAGGCGGAGGCAGAGGCCGUGCGCCUAGCCAACGAGAUGCAGGCCGAGUACUGGUCCGUGUCGGCCAAGACCGGGGAGAACGUGAAGGCGUUUUUCAGCCGUGUGGCCGCCCUGGCCUUCGAGCGCUCAGUGCUGCAGGACCUGGAGCGGAGGAGCAGUGCCCAGCUGCAGGUCGGCGACGGGGACAUCAUCCGGAUGGAGGGACAUCCACCCGAGACCCAGGACAGCAAGAGGCCCUCCAGCCCAGGUUGCUGUUAGCUGAGCCUGCGUCAGAGGCCUCCACUGCCUGCAUGCGUGUGGGCAGUGCCUCCCGUGACCUGGAGGGUGACAUGGAACACCCACCGUGCUGAGCCCCAGGGCUCCUCCUCUUCUCUUCAGCGGGUCGGGAGCCAGGGAAGGCCCCCAGUGGCUGCCCAGGGCCCCAUGCUGCCCAGCUGGUGGGGGCACUGAGGCUGUCAUCUGGAAGGCCAGUUGCACUUACAGAGUCACUCGACAGCCCCCCGGCCCUGGGAGGCUCAGGACCACAGGCACGGACACGUGCCCCCAGGCCCACGGCGCUCGCCCUGGGCACAGUCAGCAUCCCCUCAGGCCUCUUCCCCACUUUCCUGGGUCGGCCUCCGAAUCCUCCUCAUCUCGGUGGUCCAGACGAGUGGCACUUGCUGAAGUCAAGGCUCCCUGUCUGCUGCAACCCGGAUCGGGCAAGAGCACCCAGGUCUCCCCUCCCCAGCUCCCGCCCAGAGCGCCCAACCCUCUCCAUGCCCUCGUGUUGCUCCUCCUCAGGGGCUACUGAGCCCCCGCCCACCCCACUCUCCCCAACCCUGGGUGUGUGCCCCCCAGUCCCGCCCUCCGUGGCCAUAGGCAGGUGGCACGUCUGGCUCCCGCCUGUUUCUCGUAGAUGGUGAGCAUUUCGGGCAGCCAGGUGGUUAGCCGCCGGGAGACUAGGCGGCUUUUGUUCAUUCCCCCUUCACCACAUUUUAGGCUCUCCUCUUUUAUAGAUAGGAGAUACUUCUUUAUAUAAAUCACUCCUAAAGGAAUGGCAUAUGUGCUUAUUGUGAAACGAGACAGCACAGAGCUCUGCAUGCAGAGUGACAGUCCCUGCGGUCCCGGACGUAAGCCUCGUCUGCAGCGGGUGGGACUCCUGUUCCUACACAGCACGGCCACGACCUGGGCGCCUUGUUUGCCGUUAAACCAGAGUGACUUCUCCCCACGCCCACAGGGCAGGCCGCAUUCCGAGGAGCUGCCAGAGCGAGCCUGCGUGUCCCUUCAUGCAGAUGGGCCAGAGUCCAUCCACCCUGCCCGGCCGUGGGACAGUUGGCUUGUGUCCAGCUUUUAGCUUUUUUUAACUGAAGUGACCAUCCUCAUAGUUAUAGCUUUGCACACUCGGGUUUCCCCACAGAGGCCUUGCUGGGCCUUCAGUGGGCUGGCCCACCAGACCCAGUUUUGAGGGGCAGGCUAUCUCAGGGUGCACCACGACCGGGUUUGGGGCACACCACAGACAGCGUCAGGAUGGCAGACCCUGGUCAGGUGGGCUGGCACCCUCCCGGCUCCAUCCCCACCCCUCUAGGCCCCAGGACUGGGGGGCGGUAAUGCACCCUGCUGUCACUAGCCCCCGAGCCAGGACCACUGUCUCAUGUGCGCCCACCCCUCCAAAUGGCCCUUUGUGAAACUCUCCUCCUGUUGCCCCGUGUGUGCCCAACUGUUCAAUGUUUCUUCUGAAGUGGCAGAACCACUUUGCUGUGGUUCCACUGAUACCAUGAGUCCACAAAGACAUCCUCUACACGCACUUAAAUUUCUGGGGUGGAGACCCAGGGCCGCACGCGAGAGCUUCAGAGCCAUCCCGGGGCCCUUCCCCUCCUUCGCUUUUCUCACCCUGUCAC